GUAACAUCCAUGCCAAGAAUCAAAUUGAUAAAACUUAAAAUGUUGAGAUAAAAUUUCAUCGUCCCUCCCCCAUUAAAACUCAAACGUGACACUGCGAGAUUUCGUGCAGCGCGAAAAAAAUGGCAAAACCAAAAGCUAGAACAAACCAAAGACAAGGCGAAACGCAGCGGGACGGAAGCGAGGGAUUUGGAGAAGGGUCUAUAGUUCGGGUGAAGCUAGAAAACUUUGUCACUUAUGAUGUUGUAGAAUUCCGCCCAGGUCCUCACCUCAAUGUUAUCAUAGGUCCCAAUGGCACAGGGAAGUCCACUUUGGUGUGUGCUAUAUGUCUGGGGGUUGCAGGGAAACCAAGUGUCCUUAACCGUGCCCCUAAUUCUGCCGGGUACAUUAAGUAUGGCUGUCAGAGGGCCAUCAUUGAACUUGAGCUACACAAUCCAGAUGGUGAAAAUUAUGUGAUUCGUCGUGAAAUAAGCAAAAACAAGAGUGAUUGGUCAGUGAAUGGAAGACAGGCAACACAGAAAGCUGUUGAGGAGCUGGCAAGUCGUUUGAAAAUCCAAGUGGGUAAUCUUUGUCAAUUUUUACCUCAAGAGAAAGUGGGUGAGUUUGCUAGGAUGACCAAGCAGGAAUUACUGGAGAACACAGAAAAAGCAGCUGGUCCAGAAAACAUGUAUGAAAAUCACCAAAAGUUGAAGAUGGCCAGACAGGAGUCCAAGCAGCUUGAGGCAAGGGCAAACAGUGUCAUAGAGCAUUAUGAGGAUGCUGUUCAAAAAAACAGCCGGCUAGAAGGAGAUGUCCAGCAAUACCAACAAAGAGAGAGGUACAGACAGAAGAUAGAGCUGUUACAGAAGAAAAGACCCUGGGUGGAGUAUGAGGAAAAACGUUCUCAAUUUACUAAAGAAAAAGAGAGAAAACAUGUUAUAGAAGAACACCUGAAAAAAGCAAGAGCUGCCUAUGCACCCAUGCAAGCCAAACUGAAUGAUGCAGAGAAAAAGGUGGAGGAAAUUAAUGUACUUAUGAAGGAAAAGUACAAUGUAAUUAAAGAGCAUGCAAAGCAGGCUGCAAACAAAAGCAAGAACAUAGAGAAUGAGACAGAUAAGAUGCAAGAAAUUCAGGAUGACCUCAAUGCCAAAAGAAGCCAAGAACAGUCGAGACAAAAAAGAGUUAAAAAUCUCCAUGCUCAGCUAGAUGCUAUUCAGGCAGAGUAUGAUAAUGUGGGGGAUGAAGAGGAUGUACAGCCUGCUAUAGAACGUGUCAGCAAAGACAUGCAAGAUACUAGUCGAAGUAUGACUCAGGCAUCACAUCGGGGAAGUGCUGUUAAAAUGGAGCUUGAUCAAUUGAGAGGUGAUAUUCGGGGAAAGCAAGAUGUUCUAAACCAGCUACAAGAUGUCAGUAAUAGAAGGCUGUUGGUGUUGCAGCAGAGGCACAGACACACAUACGAGGCUGUUAUGUGGUUACGAAGUAACAGACACGAGUUCAAUGGAGUCAUCCACGAACCCAUGAUAGUGACAUUGAACAUGAAGGAUCCAAGAUAUGCAAAGUAUGUGGAAGGUCAUGUCAGUUUCAAUGACAUGCGUGCCUUUAUCUGCGAGGACCAGGACGAUGCCAAUAAGUUCUUGGCGAGGGUGAGAGAUGAGCAAGGCUUGAGGGUGAAUGCAGUGACUGCACCCAGAGUAUCCCUCAACCAGUUUAAAGCUAGUCAUCCGCUGCAAUAUUACAGUAAAUAUGGUUUCCACAGUUAUUUGAAGGACUUGUUUGAGUGUCCUGAUCCUGUGAUGGCUUUUCUGUGUGCUAUGUACAAGGUGCACCAGAUCCCAGUGGGAGAUGCCAGUACCAGGGACAGGGUGGAGGUCCUACUCAGAGAACACCCAGAUCUUAACACAUUCUAUACAGAGGACCAUCAGUACAAUGUAAAGCGCUCAAAAUACGGAAACAGAGAGAGGUCCAGUAGAGUUACUGAAUUAAGGCAGCCUUCUCUGCUUACAUCCAGUUCAGAUGUUGCAAGGGAACAGGCCUUAGCUGCUGAACUUCAGGGACUCAGUGAGACAUAUCACACAAAGGAGAAGGAAUUCAAGGACCAUGAGGCCACGUACAAACAACUUGAGAUUCAGCUGAAUAAACUCAGACAAGAAAAGAAAGAUCUACAGAGUAAACGAGAUGUGAAAAGAAGAUUAGCUGAGAAGAUUAGAGCCAAGAAAGAAAUUAUCCAGCGCACUGAGGGAGAGGCAAUUAAUAUUGAAUCUGAGGAAGCGAAAGCAAACCAAAAGAUUCACAAAAUAAACCUAAGGAAGAUUGAUCUUCUCAGUGAUCUGAAAAAACACACACAGGAAUGUUUACAGUUGAGCAUGGAAAAGGUCAGACUUGCUCUUCAGCAUUCCGAAGCUAUGCGAGAAGUUUCUGACAUAGAAAGUCAGUUACGGGAGCAGUCAACUUCCCUCAGGACACAAGAGAGGGAGUGUGAAGAAUUUAAGGAAAACUUAAGAAGGAUGAAAGAACUUGCGAAAAGGCUGCUAGCUGAUGCUAAAGCUGCUACAGGAACAAGGGAAGAUCAAGAGCUCUCGGCAGAAAUGAAAAAGGCCUUUGAAUCCUGUCCCAACAGAUUAGAGGACAUAGAUGCUGCCAUACAUGAGGAGCAGGCAAGAGCAGACCUCACCCUAGCUGUGGAUGACUCUGUAAUUAGAGACUUCAACCAACGGAAGCGUGAAAUCAGACGCUUGGAAACAGAAAAAGAAGAAAAAAUCAAAGCUCUAGAGGAUCAUAAAAAGGAGAUUGAGGAGCUCAGAAGAGGUUGGAUUGAACCUCUUGAGGAACUGGUGGAAAAAAUCAACAAAAACUUUGGAGACUUUUUCAGCCAGAUGAACUGCGUUGGAGAAGUGGACUUGGAUAGACCUGAGAAUCCAGAAGAUUACGAAAAAUAUGGCAUCCGUAUCAAGGUCAAGUACAGGGCAAAUGAGCAGCUGCGUGAGCUGACCCCUGGUCAUCAGAGUGGUGGAGAGUGCAGUGUGGCCACAGUACUCUACCUUAUGGCACUGCAAGAGCUGUCCAUGUGUCCAUUCAGAUGUGUGGAUGAAAUCAACCAGGGUAUGGAUGCCAGCAAUGAGAGGAAGGUAUUUGAGCUGGUGGUGCACACCAUGAGUAGACCACACACUGGACAGUAUUUCCUGCUCACUCCAAAGUUGCUACCAGAUCUGAAGUAUUCAAACCACAUGAACGUGCUUUGUGUUUAUAAUGGUCCAAACAUGAUGAACCAUGCAGACUGGAAUAUUAAGAAAUUCAUCAGGAGGAGGGCACAAAUACCAUAGGACUGACAACCAUAUCCAUUUUAGUUUUAUGAACAUUCCUUAAGCUGAAUUAAAUACGAAUGCCUGAUAGUUAAAGCCUACUUUUGACUUUCUUUCAAAACUUACAAAACCAAAAAGUUAAAACUUGUUAUCAAUGUCAACUGGAUUUGAUAUGGUGCAAGUAGAAAAUCCAAUGAAAUAUUUCUUUCAAUCUAUUCAUCAUGAGGUCUUUCUUAAAAGAUACAUUACUACAAAUAGAUUCAGCUUUUUAAAGUUAAAAAUUAAAAGUGCCAAAUAAAUGCAUUCUUUCAAUUUAAACUUGUACGUUUUCUAAUUUUUGUGUGCAAUGAUAAUAACCAAAUAUGUGAGUUGGGACACAAAACAUAGUGCCCAACCCUUGUUUCCAUGUUGGAAAGAAUUCCUACCUUUUCAAUCACACUAUGUAUUAUAUAUCAGAAAAAGUACUUAAUGGUCAUUAAAGGAGAUGAGACACAGAACAGCACAAAGACGCUGCAUUUGUUAAUAAAAUUGUAGCAGCAAUCUCAAAACUUCUGUGACUAUGUUGUAAGUCUUUAUAGAGAUAUAGUAUCUAUCAAGUGCAAUUAUGUGCACUUCAUGAUUUGAAUUUCUUUCAUAGUAAAUAGAAUGACAUGCUAAAACAAAGUGUAAAGUCAAAACGAUUUGAGAAUAUGCUUUUAAUGUUCAC